GGGAUUUCCUGCUUUUCUCCCCACUUGGAUGCACCGUUAUGUGGAGCUGUUCUGCAGCUGCUCCUCCCCAGAGGCAGCUGCGUCUCUGUGCCGCGGAACCGUCGGUUGAAGUACAUCAGCCUGGCAGUGCUAGUGGUCCAGAACGCCUCCCUCAUCCUGAGCAUCCGCUACGUGCGAACCCUGCCCGGGGAGCGCUUCUUCGCCACCACGGCCGUGGUGAUGGCUGAGCUGCUCAAGGGAGCCACCUGCCUGCUGCUCAUCUUCCUCCAGAAACAAGGCAGCAUGAAGCAGUUCGCCCUGUUGCUGUACGACGCCGUGGUGGUGCAGUACAUGGACACGCUGAAGCUGGCGGUGCCCUCGCUGAUCUACACGCUGCAGAACAACCUCCAGUACGUCGCCAUCUCCAACCUGCCGGCAGCCACCUUCCAGGUCACCUACCAGCUGAAGAUCCUGACCACGGCCGUCUUCUCGGUCCUGAUGCUUCGCAAGAGCCUGUCGCGCCUGCAGUGGGUGUCCCUGGUGCUGCUCUUCGCCGGCGUGGCCGUCGUCCAGGUGGAGCAGGGCCAGGCGGGCGGGGGGAGCAACCCGGGCGCCGCCGCCCACCAGAGCUACGCCGUCGGCCUGGUCGCCGUGGUGGUCUCCUGCCUCUCCUCGGGCUUCGCCGGCGUCUACUUCGAGAAGAUCUUGAAGGGCAGCUCGGCCUCCGUGUGGCUCCGCAACGUGCAGCUGGGCAUCUUUGGGACCCUGCUGGGGCUGCUGGGCAUGUGGUGGGCCGAGGGGGCGGCCGUGGCCGCCCAGGGCUUCUUCCACGGCUACAGCCCGCUGGUGUGGGGCGUGAUCCUCAACCAGGCCUUCGGCGGCCUCCUGGUGGCCGUGGUGGUGAAGUACGCGGACAACAUCCUCAAGGGCUUCGCCACCUCGCUCUCCAUCGUGGCCUCCACCGUGGCCUCCAUGUACCUCUUCGGCUUCCGCCUGCACCCGCCCUUCGCCCUGGGGGCCGGGCUGGUCAUCGGGGCCGUCUACAUGUACAGUCUGCCCAAGGCCGGGCCGCCCCUGGGCCCUCGCCAGGAGCCCACGGCCCUGCCGCCCCUCGGCAAGGAACCCAGCGAGCCGGGCUACCCGCCCAAGCUGGCAUGUAAAGAGAAGGGCUCCUGAGUUGGGCAGCGACUGGGGUGGGGCGACGUUCGCUGUGUCUGGAAGCACCCGGCCCCGGCAGGGGACCCCUCCGCCCUGCCCCAGAGGUGGCUGCAUCUUGGGGCCAGGUGAGGCAGCCUGGGAUCCUGCCCGCGGCUUUCAGAAGAAAGUAGGAGAUGCAGUGGAAGGGUAGGGCUGGGAGCCAGGACUCCUGGGUUCUCUCCCCAGCUGCGGGAGGGGAGCGGGGUCUGGGAGCUCCACCUCACUGCCAUUUCCUGAUUCACCCUGCCUCGGUUUACCCUUGCGUAAAAGGCAGGCAGCCCUCCUACCUCCCAGAAGGGGAUGCGCCCGCUCACAGCAUGGCCAGUCCCCCUCACUCAAGCCCCCCAUGCUUAUGGGGGGGACGCAGGCACGAGCCGCUCAGUAUUAAUGCCCCCUAACCCAGUGGUUAUGGGGCAGCCGUGUGGAACCCCCCAUUUUUAUCACUCCCCAC